CAGGGUUAUGAUCUGUUCUGAAACAGCGCGGUGGAACUAUAAAAAGACUUGCACGACCCACUGCCGCACCCAAAUUUAUCUUCAUCAAUUCAAAAUGCCAUAUUUAGUGAACCUACCUAGUUCUGUUUCUGGUGAAUCUUUAGGACGUUUUAAUGCGUCGCGGACGACGAUCCAGAAAAAGUACUCGCCGUUGCGUCUAAACUUUGCGCUACAUCGACUAUUUACAUAUCCCGCUGAUUUUGAAAUUGAACCGAGACCUUUGGCCGAAGCUGGAAUUUUUUACAGCGAAACCGAUAAAACAAUAAAGUGUUGGUUUUGCGGGUACGAGUUCAAGACGAACGAAUUGGGCUCCUUGAAAGGCAAAACUGCAAGCGAAAUCAUACAAAUUAAAUCGAAUUGCAACAUCAUGCAUGAUCGGCAUGAUAAUAUCCCGAUGGGAGAUAUUUCGAAAGUCAUAAAUUACAAAUUCGAAUCGCACCGAUUGUAUUCGCUGCUGCAGAAAAAAGAUUGGGAAUUUGUGAAGCCAGUUGAAUUGGCAGCAGCCGGCUUUUACUACACCAAAGUAGACGACAAUUGUCGCUGCAUUUAUUGCAAUUUGGAAGUGCGAGGAUGGGAAGAAGGGGACAACCCUUGUACGGAACACGAUCGCUGGAAUCCCUACUGCCCGUUUUUGAAGCAACCAAAUAGCGUGGUCAACAUUAAAAUUGGCGAGGAGCAAACUGAGACGUACAGCGAUGGAACUGGAUUAAAUAAAAUUGGUUCAAACCCCUUCGUUCGUUUUCCUGAAAACUACAGAAUGGUGGAAAACGACGAUCCCUUCAUUACAACCUCAGAUUUAAGCAUUCAUGAAUGGAAUCCACCGCGGCACCCAGAGAAAAGUUUAAUCUCAAAGCGAAUGGAAACUUUUAAAAAUUGGCCUAAAGGACUUUCCCAAACGCCUGAUGUCCUGGCAAGGGCCGGAUUUUUUUACACCGGAUGUGGGGAUCGUGUCGUUUGUUUCCAAUGCAGCCUCGGGCUAAAGGACUGGGCUCAGGACGACGAACCUUUCGCAGAGCACGCAAAAUGGAACCAGGGAUGUCAGCACCUCAUCAUGCAAAAGGGCUCGGAUUUUAUACAGCAAAUCUUGCACGGGAAAACUCGGCAAAACUAACAAACUUUUUGUCAGAUGUCGGAGAACAUUUGUAUGUAGGUAGGUAGACCUAAUGUAGACAAUUUAUAUGCUAAAAAAAUUGUAAUUUUGAUUUUAGAUUUAUUUUAUAUUACACACGCUACUAGUCAAAGAUGUGGUUUUCUGCAUAUUUAAUAUCUUACUUACAUAAUUUGAAAUCUCAUUAAGCAAAUCUUACGAUAUAGAUCUGAAAGCGCUGUUAAAGAACCUCUGACAAUGAAUAGUAUACUUGCCGUCGCUUGCGGUAUAAUAGUGUUUAUCUUGUAUAAUAAAACCAUAUUUGUGUAACAAAAUGUAUUCCAAAUAAAACUGA